ACAAACGAAGUGGACUCCAAUCUCCAUCUUUCUCUCCGAACUUAAGCGGCGAUUUCCCCAAACCCAUCUUCACUCACAAACCCAUUUCAAUCACCUCCCACUUUUUUUGGUUUCAUUUGAUUUGAUUUGGUUCUUCUUGUUUUCCCUAUCAACAAACCAGUUUGAUUUUCAGACAAUCAAUGGCUCAAAUGGCUGCUACCAAGUUGACUCAUAAUUCGUUUGUUUCCGGUUCUCUUAACAAUCAGAUUGAAAAGAUCAAACCUAGUGGUUUCGCUUCCAAAGUUUUGAUUGCUAACAAUCAACGGAUGAGCCAUAGCCAUAGCCAUAGCCAUAGCCACCACCGUGUUCUUAGCGUCACUGCAAGGAGGCAGGGGCUGGAAGUUCUUCCCGUUACACCUGAAGACGUACCCAAGAUAGGAGAGCAGAAUUACCAAUCUAGGGAAGUUUUACAGCAGGGUGACACAUCAGUACGUAUGUGGUCCAGACCUGUGGUGAAGCGCAAGACAAAAAUUGUUUGCACAAUAGGUCCAUCCACCAACAGUAAGGAAAUGAUAUGGAAGCUGGCUGAGGCUGGGAUGAACGUAGCAAGAUUAAACAUGUCUCAUGGAGAUCAUGCAUCUCAUCAGAAAGUUAUCGACCUGGUUAAAGAAUAUAAUGCUCAAUCCAAGGAUAAUGUUAUCGCAAUUAUGCUUGACACCAAAGGGCCUGAAGUAAGGAGUGGGGACUUACCACAGCCAGUUAAUUUAGCAAGUGGCCAAGAAUUCACUUUCACAAUAAAAAGGGGUGUUGGCACAGCAGACUGUGUUAGUGUUAACUAUGAUGAUUUUGUGAAUGAUGUGGAAGCAGGUGAUAUGCUUCUGGUCGACGGUGGUAUGAUGUCCUUGUUGGUCAAGUCCAAAACUGAAGAUUCAGUAAAAUGUGAAGUUGUGGAUGGUGGAGAGCUCAAAUCUAGACGUCACUUGAAUGUUCGAGGAAAAAGUGCAACUCUCCCAUCCAUCACUGAAAAGGACUGGGAUGAUAUCAAAUUUGGAGUGGACAAUCAAGUUGAUUUUUAUGCGGUCUCCUUUGUUAAAGAUGCAGAAGUCAUCCAUGAGUUAAAGAGUUAUCUCAAAAGCUGUGGUGCCAACAUCCAAGUAAUUCCAAAAAUUGAAAGUGCAGACUCUAUACCAAACUUGCAAUCAAUUAUCACAGCAUCAGAUGGGGCAAUGGUUGCAAGAGGAGAUCUUGGUGCAGAGCUGCCUAUUGAAGAGGUUCCACUUUUGCAGGAAGAGAUAAUCAGGACAUGCCGUAGCAUGGGAAAAGCUGUCAUCGUUGCAACAAAUAUGCUUGAAAGCAUGAUUGUUCAUCCUACACCAACCAGAGCGGAGGUAUCCGACAUUGCUAUUGCUGUUAGAGAGGGUGCUGAUGCAGUUAUGCUAUCUGGGGAAACAGCUCAUGGAAAGUUUCCUUUAAAAGCUGUUAAAGUAAUGCACACGGUGUCAUUGCGAACUGAAGCGAGCAUAGUGGGUGGUGUCACGCCCUCUAAUCUUGGUCAAGCCUUUAAGAACCAUAUGAGCGAGAUGUUUGCAUAUCAUGCCACAUCAAUGUCCAACACUCUUGGAACCUCAAUCGUAGUCUUCACUAGAACUGGUUUCAUGGCCGUACUAUUGAGCCAUUAUCGACCCACUGGCACUAUCUUUGCAUUCACAAAUGAGAAAAGGGUACAACAAAAGUUAGCUUUGUAUCAAGGAGUUUGCCCCAUUUACAUGGAGUUCUCUAAUGAUGCCGAGGAGACAUUUGCAGAUGCGCUGACCACAUUGAAGAAUGAAGGGAUGAUGAAGGAAGGUGAUCAGGUAGCGCUUGUUCAGAGCGGGAGGCAGCCGAUCUGGCGGUUCCAAUCCACCCAUAAUAUUCAGGUCAGGAAGGUCAUGUAAACACAAGUGGUAUUUGGCCCCCAUUCAUUCAUCUUUUUAGGGUUUGGAAUUUUGUUGAUUAAUUCAUAGAAUAUCUUCUUCUCAGACUUGUUUUCCUUGAAGAAUCUUGAAUCAUUUUUAGAACAUGAAAUGGUUAGCAACAGAAUAAUUUGUC